CUCUCUCUAAAAAGAUGGGAUACUCCAUGCGUUUGUUUGCAACUUUCUUCCUUGUAGCAAUGCUGCUUUUGUCCACUGAGAUGGGACCAAUGAGCGGUGGUGCAGAGGCAAGAACCUGCGAGUCACAGAGCCACAGUUUCAAGGGGCCAUGUGUUGGCGAUACCAACUGCGCCUCCGUGUGCCAGACUGAAGGUUUCAUUGGCGGCGAUUGUCGUGGCCUUCGCCGCCAAUGUUUUUGCACUAGAAACUGCUAGAAGAAAGUUUCUAAAUGAUCUUUUUAACUGUCUAUGUAUUUAUUUCCUUGUUAAAAUAUCUAAUGAUAAAUAAUACUGCUCUAUCAAUAA